AUGGUCAGGGGAAGUUCCAGGAACCAGGGUGGCACCGGCGGAGACGCAGGCAGCGUCUCCAAGCCAGACUUCGUCUUCGCCAGGGAGGUGAUUGCUGCUCUGCAGUCUAUUCGCGACAGGUCCACGUCGGACCUGAGACUAGACGACUUCACCGUGGACGAGGACCGAACUCUUAUUCAAGCGGCCAACCUCCAAGCGUCCGCAGUUGCCCGCGCGACCAAGCGUCUCGAAGCAAAUGCGAAAGCCAAGCUGGGGCUUCAGACAGUGCUUCCAGCCUGGUUGGACAAGGUGGGACGCCAUUUGGCGGCUAUCCCACGCCAGAUCAAUGGUGUCGGGGCCAAGAUCGAUGCAGAUAUCCAGGAGGCCAUCAUGGCUUUGGACAUGGCGUCACAAGGGCUGGUGGCAGGGCAAGCGGCGGCUUUGAGACAGCAGGCGACGGAGGUGCUCGGGCCGGCGAUUCCUGCCGUGGUCGGGCACGAAGUCCUUCGGCUGGCUGCGGAACUGCGUGCGGCUGGUGCAGUCGCCCCGCCGGCAUCAAAUGUGCCACAGCCGCAUGCGGCGCUCCCUCUCUUCGGGAAUGCAGAAGAAGGCAUGCUGGUAGAGCCAGGCAGUUUUGCUUCUGUCCCUGCCAGCUCGAUACCAUCCCUGGACUCCUCCCUUGGCGCCCAGCACGCGGCGGUGGCACGAAGCCCGGACACUCUGGACACAUCGGCCCCGGUUGGCACAGGCCUGGGACGGAGAUGGGGUCAAAAGAGGAUGACGAAUCCGGUCUCGACCAGGCCUUCCAAGAGCCCCCGCAAGACUGGCAAGAUCGCCUCAGACGGUCACACAGAGAUUCUGCGCGAGGCAGAGGUGCCGUCACCUUGGCUAUCGACGACCACGGGCAGAUCGCCCACUAUGAACAAGCCUGCGGCGAUAUUCAAAGCAGACGAUGCUGGUGGUCACGCACCAGGUACCGCUUCAGGAUCUCUGGAAGAAGAGGUAGUCCCAUCUGGACUUUCUGCAGAUGCGGAACAAGGCGAGCGAGACUGGCAGUUUGCUCAGCAAGCGUGGUUUCAUGCGUGGAUCGCCAUGGCUCAGCGCAUCACUGCCCAAGGCUCGGAUCUGGUCGGCGAUGUUCCGGGUCACCUGGAACAGGUGCAUCUGCCAGGACAACCUGCCAGUGCCGACGAGAUCAAAGAGUGCCACCAAAAGGCCGAGACCCUCUGGCAAGCCUUGCGUGCACAUGCGGAGCAUCCCGAAGAGGUCAAGGGCCACCACAUACUGCAGGUCAGCCGAGAGUUACAACACCUCGGACACCUGACAACGACUCGGACAGAAGACGACGUGGAACUGCUCCUGAUGGAACAGGACUUUUUGCUCUUCUCGCCCGUCAGCUGUGCCAUCGACUCCUCGGUUGCUUGUGCCUUGGAAUUGGGCCCCUCUUCCGCCUCGCCCUCUGUCCGGUCUGCCUGCGCUCCUGCUUUCGACGCUCCCGGGCAAAGGUUCAUGGAAGAGGCACCUCGGGCAAGGCAGGCAGUGGCAAACAUGUGCGCGUCAGUAUUCUGCUGUGGCUCAUCGCCUCAUCCCACGUUCACGCUGGCGGAUCGGGCCCUCCACCCCAGCCAUGGACCGCGCCAGACAUCGGCAGCUCUGACCAUUCCUGCUCUUUCGCCUCUGGAAGCUGCACAGGGGCCCAUCGCUGUCUUUGUGGCAGGACAUACGUCCGGAGGCCCGAUUCAAGUUGCGAUUGACACGCGGCUGCACGGGGUUCAGUUGCACAGGGUCAUUCUGCAGCUUGUGGGUCUGUCAUUCCAGCUCUGGCAUGUCCACGAGCUCCAAACAUUGCUGCCUGCCUUGCCUUUGGAGCAGGUUGUCGUCAUUCCCAAUGAUGUGGCAUGGAACCAGGCAUGUAUCCCAGUUGACCUCUGUGCCCUUGGAGGUACCAUUUCGGUGGUCCGGGGGCCACGUCAACAAUUGGCCAGUUACUUUCUGGUUGCCGCCGCUAGAAGCCAGGAUCUGGAUCUGGAUCUUGCCUCUACUGUAUGUCGCACUCGGCAUGGGUUCUUUGAGCCAGAGUGCCAAGCACUCCUCCUCCACGGCAACGAUGCACUGCAAGCACUACCUGUGUAUGCAGAAGAAAUGAGAGGCAGCCGAAGUCCUGCCUACUCAGCGGAGCAUCGAAUGGCGGUCAGCUCCUUUGAUGGAACUAAUCAGGGUUUUGAAUUGAUUGUCAAUCCUCAUGCCAGAGCUGUGAUCAUUACGCUCACUGGUCUCGUCUUCUACGACACGGACCCGUUCCAAGAUCGGGACGAACUCCUUCGUGAAGCGUAUGAAGCGGUUGGAGAUGUGGGUCCUCUGCGCUUGCAAAGGGUUCGGCCGCAUAUGCCUGGACUGCCGCCACUGCAAUUCGCACAAGCCGAGCAGUCCGCUCUUCAGGUCACAUAUGUAGUUGAUGCCCGUGCAAUUGGGGGUGAAAUUAGUUUGGUUUACUUGGGACCCCGGACCCCUGUUGCCGAUGUCCUCAUGCAACUCCCCACCUUCAGGCAAGCUGGUCCCACAGGACAUGAGAUUCUGCGAGGACUACACGAGGGUCACUUGAGGCUCAUCCAUCAGGAAGUUGUAAUUUCUCCCACCACUUUCCUGGACAGUGACCCUCCUGUUUGCCUGACUCUUGUCCCUCACCGCAGAUCUCACACAGCGGGCCAGGCCAGAACCGAGACCGCCACGCAGCCGCCGGCGGACGCCACCUUGUUGCAUCCUGGUGGUAACAUUGCAGCCCCAGCACCCCAAGCUAAUCCUAGCGCUGCUGGAUGGAUCAGUCUCGGGUUGCUUCGACAGGGAUGGUUGAGGAAUGUGCUCUUGGCCGGGUACUUCGCGUCCUUGGUAUCUGCUGGUCGUGCGGCUAGUGAGCCUACCGAUUUGACGGGCACGGCUAGAACCAUGCCCCUUCCCCGGUUCCAGCCCGAUUUGGUUUAUCACGAUGCCUCGAUGCACCUCCGACUGCAACAGGGUUUUGUCACAGGCCUUGAGGGUGACUUUCUGCCGAGUGUCUCUGGGUAUGGCACCCUCCAUCAUGAUCUGGAGGUCAAUGUUUGCCUUUGGGCCCCGGAACACUUUGAGGAAUUCAGAGUUCCAGGAUCUAUGUCUAGGCAUCGCCUUCGCGAAACACUCACCGAGAAGGCCAGGUCAUGGGGCCGAGGCCAAGUUGUCCCUGCAGCCACGUCACCACACGCGCUGGCUGUACACUUCGUCGCUGUCACUACCGAGUCGGGAUAUCGCACUACUCUCUUCGCAUCGGAUACAUCCUGUAUCUGCAUCGAUGUGCCUCGUGAAGCUCCGCAGGACUUUCUUUUGAGACAAUGUGAGGCCAAGCUGCGAUCCGACUGUGUGCGUUUCCUGCCGAUGGCUACUCCGCUCCGGCAUGGCGAUGUCAUUCGGGUUGAGCUUGACAAGGAAUUUGGGCGAGCCGACGCUAGCCGCUUUCUCCUUUACUCGGAGCUCGCUCGGCCAUCUCGGUGGUUAGAUGUGCUGCCGUAUCGCCAGCUUGCGGUCGUGACGGUUCAUCGCGGUGUGCAAAUUUUACACGACACUGUCACUGGCCGAAGCCCUCACAGUGCGGUUCAAGCAUGGCUUCGGGAGCGGAAUCAUGUGCCUAGGCAGGCUGUGGAGGUCCCGGAGCUCUCCAACCUGGUAGGCUUUCCUUGUUUCCAGACCAUUGUAGCUGGUCCCACUAAUGCCGUCCUGUGGCUGCACGACCAUUUUGGCAACUCCAACACUGGGCUAGCCUUGGCCGCGGUUGGUUCCUUCUCUGUUGCGGUCGAUGUGCUUGAAGCAUGUGCACGAACGUCUACUUCAGCUAGAGCAGUGUGCAGCUUGGUGUCCACCGCAGAUCUCAGGACCGUCCACACCGUGCAUGGCCUGUGUGCUCAAGGAACGGGCACUAAGACUCUGUUUGUUCGCAUGGCAUUUGACCUGCAAGCUCUUCCUGGAGACAGCAUUUCUGUCCACCGUCAAAGGGCAACAGUUCUGCGUACUCGGACUCCCAUCAGGCUGGUCGGAUCAAGUCGCAGUCCGGCCUCCAGGCAAGGUGCUGCUGCCACCAGGGCUGCCUCACCGGUCCGAAGCCCUUCUCCUAGGUUUGCUAUACCGGUCUGCCAUCCCUCACAUCUCCAGGAUGCUGACGGAGACCUCCGAGUCAUCCGGUGUGAAACCGAUGACGUUACGUGUGUUGUCCGCUGUGGUCCACACAUGCAGAUUUGGGCCCUGAAGAUCGAGGGCAGAUGGAGCGGUGCAUGCACUCCCCAGGUCUCUUGGGACGCUGUGGUUUCCCUCAAUAGUCUCACUCCGUGGGAUGCUGCUGAUCUUGUGGUCACGACUGAGGACCAAUGGUGGAGAUACCCUCAAGAUUUGAACACUGCCGCGGGGCGUUGCCUCACAUUGCAUCAGACUUGUGAAAACGGCCGGGAGGUUCUAGGACAAGGGGCCACCCCCUCGGCCCACCAAGCAGCCUCGGUAGUUAGUGUCGCUCUCUGGGCUCUUGGGAAGGCCCCACUCAAAUGGCUCUCCCUUGGGUGGAUCCUUGGCGUCACUGCGCGACCAGCUCAGCAGGCUUCUUCCACAUCGGAAGAAUCUCCAAAUCCCAAUGCCACCGACAGUGAGCCUUCUCUCUCCAUCUCCACUGUUGCAGUUGAAGAUCAGAGGGACGAUUGCUGGAACUCUCCCUUAACGCCUGCCCUCGAGGCCAGUGCAACGGCCGCCAUGUUCCCUCUCGACCCUCAGCAUGUCUACUCUUGGUUAUGCUCGCUCGGGGCAGCACGUCAUGACCUUCGGCUGUGGACCGCCAUGCGAGGACCUGCCUUGGUUAGGUGGGCUGACACUGCAUCCGAGUUUGACCAGGCCCUUAGGCUAGGCGGCUUCUGUCCCGAGGAACAAGAUUUGUUUGUGGCUGCUGACACAGACCCGUAUACGCUUGAGCUAGUGGCUGUGCCGCGAGGACAAGGUAGCUGGUGGAUUGUGCGUGACUUACUUAGUCGCGAGCUCCUUGAAUUAGACCAGUCAUUUGGUUUCCCUGUGCUGGACAUCGGCUGGCGGUCACUACUAACUCUGCGGGUGAAGUCAAUGCUCUGGCCCAUCACAGCCGGCGCACGACCCUCGAUGAGUACCAUCAGCCUGGUUUGCCUUCUCUUUGCCGGGUUGCCAGGGGUCUCCGGCGCACAAGUGGUCUCCAUUGGAAUCCGUCCGGGCCGUCAGUUCGGCCUGGUCGCCAUGUGGUUACUUGAUGUUGAGGUCUGGACAGGGAACUGUAUGCAACAAACAGUCCAGAUCCCACAGGCGCGCGUGUACACGGCCAUCCGCAUCUGGAUUGUCGAUCAUCCAUCUCCCAUUCAACUGUCAGGGCCUCCUUGGCCGACUGAGGAGGAAAUUCAUGGCAUUGUUCAGUUAGGAGGGUUCGGGGUCGAGCGGGGCAUCCUCAUUCCUAUUCGAGGUGCAGCUGACUCAGCCGUCUACGACGCAGCCUAUGUACCCCUGCAUUUUGGCCAUUCCGGAAUCGUUGCUUGCCUUGUGCAGCUCGAAGGACGUGCUGCUGUUUUUGCUUUCGAUGCGCAACAUUUCGACUGGGCUGCCUUCGGAAGGUGGGUCGCGGACGUGUUUCGUGAUGCCACCCAGUCACAGUCACUUGGGUUCAGUUUGGGCAACUGUGGGUACUCCUACGGACAAGCAGUUCAGAGAAGGAAUGGGGAUCUCGUAGUUCUGCACUACCCACGGCCCCGGCACACCGCAUAUCUGGCACCUCCUGACCCAUGGGCGCUUGAGUCACCACCCCCUUUGCCAGCCCGGAUGCUCCAAACGGGCCCUACACGGGGAGCGCCCAUCAAUGCCUACUUGUUGCCACAAGGCGCCGAAGGUGUUGGCAUAAGUGGUCACCGCAGGUGGGCACUCAACCUCGCCGUUGGUCCUAGCCCACUCCAGCCAGCUCUCCCUGCUGGCCCUGCGGGCUCCACUGCCUGUGGGGUCCCGGCAGAAGCUGUCAUUUGCCCACGGAACAGCUAUCCUUCCCUUCAGGCUUGUUCUUCGUUGGUCACACAACGGCAUGCUGCAAUCCAAACUGAACCGGGAACGGCCACAUUAGACGAUGUCUGGUGGGCCAUCCAGGAUAUGCAGUGCCAACUCGCUGCCCUGGCUGCCCAGGCUCAUGUCCCAGCGGCCGAAGGUUUGCCCUCCGCAGAGGUAACCUUACUGCAGGGUCGAGGCCGAGACGGUGAUAACACACCCACCUUCCGUGGGACCGAGAACUCGGGAUCUCUUAAGCCUGCCCUUCUUGUGCCCGGCGUCUGCCUUUUUGCUGGAGUUGCCUUGCAGAGGCACUCGGCUGCACGUACUUGGGUCAUGCCCCUUGCCUUUCUCCUUCCAAUUUGGGGAGCGCCCACCUUGGAGGCCAAGGGCCUUGUGGGUCUACCGGUCAGCAUCGGCAUGCGCAUACGCUCGACCAUUUUCCUGGCAGACCACUUGCGGUAA